AUGGAUGCCGCCGCCCCCCCGGCCACUGCGGCCGACGCGCCGAUGCACGACCGGCCUCCGUCGGAUGGCUCUCCGGCCUCUCCGGCCGCUGACGCGGCCGCCCAUGCUGCUGCCGAUCCGGUCCCUCUCACGCUCAGCGAUAUCCGCACAAGCUACGACAACUUUGAGGUCGCCGGCUUUGGCCAGGAUGAGGUGCGAGCCAUGAUGCUCGACCCAGCGUGCACCAAGCCGCUCACAUUCCGUGAGUUCGUCAACGGGCUCUCCAAGUCGACGGCGAUCUCGAACUCCGACAACCGGACCGAUGCACCAGCCGCGGAGGACGAUAGCUCCCUCGACGACAUCCCUUCAUCGACGGACGCCUUCACCGCCGCCGGCCCUGGGCCAUCCAUCGCGGCCUCCGACUGGCUGCCGCAGGCUGUCAGCGCCGCCGACUCGCACAGCGACAAGCGCACGCACCGCUCGCUCCUCGAGCGUCUCCGGCAGCACAGCCGUGGCGAGUCGGGCUCCGCCUUUGUCGAGGCGCUGCUCGAGGCGGCGGCGGUGGCGGCGGCCUCGCCGCGACGGCGCACCCCGCUCGGCCACGCGCAGCUACUCAGCAUGGUGAGCGCCACCGUCGAGGAGCGCUGCGCCCUCGGGACAGCCGAGUGCGAGGCUGCCGUCGCGGCCGUCGGGCCACGCCUUCCGGCCCUCGCCGCGCUGCUGCACGGCGCCCACUCUUCGGGCGAGGGCUCGGCGGCGUGGAGGGUGGGCGUCUCGUCCGUCCGCCGCCUGCUGCGGGCGCACGGCUCGCUGCUCGCCUCGGCGCAGGCGUGGCUGCUCGCCGAGAAGGGCUCCGCCACGCCUCCCGCUUCAGAGGCUGCCGACGCCGCAUGCGCGCUCGCCGGCGCAGUGCUUCCGCUCCUCCUCGCGCGGGGCCGCGCGUCGGCGGAGCAGCAGCUCGACUGGGCGGCGUGGUCGAAGCUGCUCGGCGGCCUGCUGGCGACCGCCUCGCCCGCCGUCGCGAUCGACGGCUUUGCGCCGCUGCUCGGCGCCCUUCCGGCCGAGGAGCUGCUCAAGCGCGUGCUUCCGGCGGUGACCAAGGCGCUCAAGCGGGCGGCGGAGGGGGCGCUCGCUUCCCUCGCCUUUCCGCCAUGCGGCGCGGCAGCCGCUGCCGGCGCGGCAGAGGCGCAGGGCGCGGCCGAGGCGGUGGCGAGCUACUUGCUCCCUCUGGCGGCGCGGGAGGCGUCCGAGCCGGCGCGCACCGCCAUGAUGGCGGCCGUCGGGAGCUGGGUCGGCGUGGCUGGCGUCGGAAGCGCGGACGCGGCGGUGAAGGCCGUCGGCGCCGGUCUGGUGGACAAGUCUGCAGAGGUGCGGCGGGCGCACCUCGCUGCGGUGCUCGGCGGCCUGCAGUCGGCGGUUGAGGGGGGCGGUGCGGAGGGCGGCGGCGCGUCGGGCGCGCUCCUCUCGCUGCUCAAGCCUUCGGCCGCAGGCGAGCCCCUCCUCGCCAUGGGGUGUGCGCUGAGCGAGCCGCUGGCGGCGGCCUGCACGGCCGACAAGCUCUGGCAAGCGGCUCUCAAGGCCAAGGAGGCGUUUGCGUGGGCGAGCGCGAGCAGCGCAGGCGAGAAGGGGACCGCCGAGGGCGGCGCGCUCGACGCACUGGCGGCGGAGGGGCUGCUGCGGGGCGCGGCCGACGCGGUUGCCGAGCUGGUCGCCUCGGACAAGGGCGCCGCCUCCGCCUCGCGCGACACGAGGCUGGCGGCGCUCGCCUCGCUGGGCGCUCUCGCCGCCUCGCCCGCCGAGGUGCGGGCUGCCGUCACCGCCGCCCUCCUCCCGCGGCUUGAGGCCCCGAUGCGCGAGGCUGCGGACGAGCUCGCUGCCGCGACGCCGUCGGAGGACGUGGAGGCUGCGAUCCGCGCAACGUUCGCUCGGCGCGCGGCGGAGGCGGGCAAGCCGGCGGCGGCCGAGAAGAAGCCGAAGCUGCUGCCGCUGCUCGUCCGGCUCCCGGCGCUGCCUGCUCUGCGCGCGGCGGACGGCGGAGGGUGGCUCGAGGCCCUCUUCGAGUCGCUGCUCGCGUGCGCCGCCGCGCCGCUGCACGCCGUUCGCGCGCCGGUGGCGAGGGCUCUGCUGCGCGUGCUCGCGCCCGGAGACGCGGCGGGGGAGAGUGGCGCGGGCGGCUCGGAGCCUCUCGCGCUCGCGCCGCUGCUCGAGGCGCUCCUCGGCGCGUGCGACGGGAUGCCGCUGCCGCCCGCGGGGUACAGCUUGCUCCUCCCGCUGCUCGAAUGCGCCCUCGCCGACCGGGCGGCGGCGGCGGCGUCGCUCAGCCUGCUCACCCUCCACGCCGCGCCCUCUUUGCCGCUCGACCAGCCGGCGCGCCGCACGAGCGUCCGCCUCCUCCUCUCCCUCCUCUCGAGCGACCGGUGGCGCGCCGACGCGGCGGUCGCGCUCGAGGCGGAGCUGCUGCCCGAACUCGCCGCCCUCUCGGGCCGCGAGCGGGCACAGGCGGCGCGUGCGCUCGCGGCGGCCGCCGCCGACGAGCCGCCGCGGCUCCACACGCUGCUGCAGCGUCUCUUCGAGAUGCACAAGGAGGCGUCGCCGCCGCCGAAAGCCGCGGCGGGCUCCGAGGAGGAGGACGACGGCUGGCGCGCGCGGCACGGAGUCGCGCUCUGCCUGGCGGCGGUGGCGCCCGCCGCGUCGGUGAUGCAGCUGCCGGUGGCGUUCGCUUUCCUCAAGCGCGCGCUCGCCGACGAGGUGGAGGAGGUGGCGGCCGCGAUGACGGCGGCGGGCUGCGCGCUCAUCAACGAGCAGGGUGCGCCCGACCGGAUGGUGCCGCUCCUCGCCCCGAUGUUCGAGACGAUGCUCUCCGAGGCGGCCACCACCGAGGCGGACGACCGCGUGCGCACGGGCGUCGUCGUCUGCUUUGGCGCCCUCGCGCGCCACAUCCCUCCCGACGACCCCAAGGUCGGGCUCGUGCUCUCGCGGCUCGUCGACUCGCUGGCGACGCCGUCCGAGGUGGUGCAGCGCACGGCGGCAAAGUCGCUCUCCGCGCUGCUCUCUCGGGCGGAGGUCAAGCCGCGCGGCGCCGAGGUGCUGCAGGAGCUGCUGGCGACGCUGCUGGCGACGCCGUCGUACGCGAUGCGGCGCGGCGCCGCCUUUGGCCUCGCCGGAGUGGUCAAGGGGCUCGGCAUUGCCAGCCUGAAGAAGGAGGGCGUGAUGGCGGCGCUGCAGGCCGCCAUCGAGG